AUGGUAUCUUUUAAGGGGCACUCACCAGGGGGAUGUAUAUUUGCAGGUGAAGCUGGGGAUAUAGUCUUAAGCAUAUUAAAUUUCUGGAGCGCUAAUAUGGGAAGACAGCGAGCCGAGCCAGAUAGAACUAACAAUAAGUUAGACAACGAGGUAAUGUCGGGGAUUUCGUUGACGCUGGGUCCAAGGGCAUGCGUGUCUUGCCCUUCUAACCCACCUCAAUGUAACUGUGCUCCAGAUGAAAACUGUAUCAUCACACUACAAUCAUGUGAACAGUGUCCACAAGUUGUCUGUUCACCAAAUACGACAGGUGGUGCAGCUGGUCCCAGUAGUACCAGCUCUGCUGGAGGUGGAGGUUCCCAUGCAGGGCCCAUAGCUGGAGGAGUAGUAGGUGGCUUAGCUGCUUUUGCUCUUAUAUUAGGAUUCUUGCUAUGGAAAUUUGUAUAUAGCGCCAGUGCAAGACAAAAGCGCCAGGAGGAGUUGAUGAUGCUAAGUCAGGAGUACAUGGAACCAAAUGUCACACCCAAUGUUGAUGCCGAAUCAGGCUUUUUUGAGAAGCAGCGAAUGAGCAGGGAUACAGGACUUGGCUCCUAUGAUACUGAAGGCAAAUCAACUCGAUUUUCAUCAGUAACAAUGAGUUCUAUAAAUACGGGACGUGGAUCUAAUAUCAUUCCAAUUGCUUAUAUUCCCGGUGUCACAAGCAGGCAACAACUACAAGACCAGCAAAUGACUGACCAAUUCUUCAGUGCAUCGGACAUUCUGCGAGAAUCUCAAAUUAGUAACGAAGAUGAUAUCCGAUCUAGUAUUGCCACAACUAAUUAUAGGGGGUCGGCAUAUGUACCGUCUGAUGUUGUUACUGCAGUACCUAUGAAACCCAACUUGGUGGAAUUAAGUGGUGCAAACAAGCGAACCCUGGGCCCUACUAAGAAUCCUGGACUUAUGCUCAAUACACAGGAAGCCCUGGGAGACAGAGACUCUGUACAUAGUACCACCAGUGUCGCCUCAUCGACAGUGCUCCACUCUGCUCAACAGAUUAUGAGAGGUGGUGCCAGAUCUAUUCGAAUUGGCAAGGCCCAACCAGUGGGUCUUCAGUCACAGUUUAUUGCAGAGGAGGAUGAGAAUGAAAAAGAUCAGUCGAGCGGACGGCUGUCGGCAGCUUCCUCGCGAAUCUCCAAAACUGCAUCUCAUAUCUCGGCGGUGAUCCAACGAACCGCCUCUAAAAGCAGUAGUUUGGGUGUUAGCAAGAGCGGUGGCGACCUGUCUAGGAAUCCAACUAAUUCCAGCAGUUCCAGCCAAGGUCUAGCGAGAAGCAUAACGAGUCCUACUGGCUUCUCAACGGCGCCGAUCGAUCAAUUAAAUACAGGAAUUGCAAAGGAAGUUGGCACUACAUUGGGUAAUACAUCAGCAAUUCUAGCGACAGUUAGCUCGACGUCUGGUACGUCAUCUAAUAUGCCUUCUGCUCCGUUGUCCAACCCCUACACCACGGAAUAUGGAAAUGGGUCCAAUACUUCGCUGGACAUUCGAUUAUCUACGACAUCUGCUUUCGACAUAGAUUUACCUUUUCUAAAGAAUGAUCCAGAAUCGGCAUUAAAUGGUGACUCUCAAAGCAAUUCUGAGCUCGCUGUUUCUCGAGCGGUAUCACGAUCGUCUCGGUUCAGCCAUAAGACUGGCAGAGAGUCUGUAGAGUAUGUUGCUGAUGACCUCCCUCAGGAGGCCUAUCUAUAUGCCUCUUCUCCACACUUGCUUGGAGCUGGUGAUAAUGAACUGUCUGAUGAUGAUGAGCUUCGACGAGCACCAGUUCAACAACAACAACAAAAACCGUCAGUCCAGCCCCACCAUCAGCACCCAUCUAAUGGCUCUACCUUGUCUUACGCUUCGAGCUUGUCUGAACGGGCUCCUGAGUUUACAACACUUAUCCGACCUAAGAGAUCCGACUCACCAGAAGGUCGAUCGAGCCCUUUUGACGACAAAUACGAGCACAAGUAA